AUGAACAAUUUAUACAAUGAAAAAAAUUAUUUAUCAAGAAAAUUAAAAAGCUUCGUUCUUGAUUAUAACGAAUUAAAAUCCACUGUCGGUGGUGCUAUCGAUCAGGUAUGCUCAGGUGAGAAGGUAAUAUUUUUAAUGGAUGAUUGGGGCGUUAGAACCAGUAUGCCUUCUAAUUGCGAAUUAGUAGCAUUUGAUCAAGAACAUUUAGUCAAUAUGGCGUUUACUUUUAUGAAAAAUAGCCCUUACUCGUCAUUAUUUAAUUAUUACUUACAAAAAUUUAGAGAUUAUGGCAUUCUUCAUGUUCUUAGAACACGUGAAUCCGUUAAUUUAAUAACUAGUAUCCCUAUAUUUUUAAUUUUAUUAUUUGGAAUAUUACUCUCCUUAUUGAUUUUAAUUUGUGAAAAGAUUCACUUUCACAUAUAUUCUAUGUAUACUAUACGACAUCACGAAUUUUCAAAAUCAAAAACAAACUAUUGGAAACCGUUGAUUCGAUGA